UAAGGAAAUUUAGCUUCUGCGGGGUGAUCGAUCACGAUACAACGAGUUGCAUCCCCUAAGAGUGCUGUCGAUCUUUCAAUAUGGCGCGGUUAGCUCAGGCGCCCAUCACACCUAGACGUGCUAUAUCCAACCCGGAUUCGCUACCGGAUCUUAACCGUCUGCUUGAUCGCUUGCAAGAGAAUAUCCUCCACGCUGAUGCGGAACGGGAGAGACGACUACGUACUAGUGAAUAUGAGCGUAGUAAAGCUAGAGUCAAUAUCGACUACGCCCGAUCACUCCUCACGAGGUUAGAACAAGAUGCGCUGGCUAUCAAGGUGCACUCGCGCCGGCAGGAGGUACAAGCCGAUUUAAACCAGAAGCGGGAUCUUCUCGAGCAGGUCACGGAACGGUUCCGCGAGUUGGAGGAAAUUAGUGUGGAUAGUGAUGAGGAUAGUUCUGAAGGAGAGGAUCUGUUGGGUGAUAUUAUUGAUACACCGAGCGAGAGCGUUGAGUCGGCUGAAGCAGCAGACCAGCGGGAGGUAGAUUAUGACGAUACUAGGGAUGAGGUGGAAGAAGAGCGACAAGAGGCAGAAGUAGAAGCAGACGAGUCGACCGUUAUCCCCGAGCCGCAAACAACCGCACCGUCUUCACAACCAGCACCCCCGACUACAACAACAAACCCACCCCAACCGACAGCCCCAGGCACAAGUACAUCACAAACCCUCCGCCCACGCGGAGCCGCCUCCCAACAACCCCCUACAACCGACAAAGCCGAAACCACAGCCCUCCGCACACAACUCUUCGGCGACCGCACCACAUCUUCCCCCUCCCUAACAACCACCAACCCCAACGCAACCGCAACCGCAACCACAGAAGCAAUAAUCGACCACCAACGCGCGGAACAAGAUAAACUCACCGAGUCCAUGGUAUCGAUGGCGCGCGCUUUAAAGCAAUCCUCACAACGCUUUGCUACAUCACUACAAGAAGACCAGGAUGUGUUGCAAGCCGCGGGACGUGGAUUGGAUCGAAAUGAGCGUGGAUUGGGUGCUGUGGCUGGACGGAUGGGUGUGUUGAAGCGCGCUACGGAAGGGAAGGGGUGGUGGGGAAGGGUGUUGCUGUAUGUGUGGAUUGCGGGGUUGGCCGUGCUGGCGGUGUUGGUUGUAUUUGUUUUUCCUAAGUUGAGAUUUUAGGAAUGAUGGUAGUGAAAAGAGGUUGUGUGUUUCGUUGUUGAGAUAUACCAAAAUUGAGGGAGUGAAACAAGGGAAAGACGAGUUCAUGAUAUCACGAAAUCCGUUCUCGAUGCAUUUACACAGCCAGGCGAUCUGGACGGACGGACGGAUGGAUGGAGAAAGGGGGAAUGGUUGUUAGGCGUUAAGCUAGAUACUCCCUUGUAUAGGAAACUCAGAAUCGCAUUAUAAGCGCCCCCUUUUGAUUAAGGGCUAAAAUAAGAGUUGAGUGGUAUCUAACUAAAUCAGCGCA